AUGUCUGCUGCAAUCCCUCGUUUGCCCCAAGACAGCAACAAUUGCAUCGAUCGGUCCUCCUCCGACGAGAUAUUGCAAUUCAGGCCAAACAACCACGAAGAGCUCGACGACUCCGGCGUCUGUUCGCCGCCGCUGUGGAAAAGCAGCCCGAGCCCGUCUCACCCCCUCCUCUGCCUGUCCCCAAAUUCGAGGAGAAGAUCCAUCGCCACCGGCCAAAGGGAGCUUAUGGAGAUGCUGAAAGACAUGCCGGAAUCAUCGUACGAGCUGUCCUUGCAAGAUCUCGUCGAGCAUCACCGACAGAAAAUGGAAAUUGAUGAUGUUGAAAGCCCUCGUCUGCAAAAUAGGGCUAGAGAUCGGGCGGCCGUUUUCGCGAAGAAGGUGAAGCGCAACAGAGGUUUUGAGGACAGGGGAUUGUUUCUGAAAAUGGGUUUCCCGUUUAAUUUGCAGUCGAGGAAGGUUAAGAGGAUUGGGGAUAGCAAUAAUUCGAUGUCGCCCAAGCCUGAGAGGGAUUGGUGGAAGAAGAAGUUUACUGGCUCUAGUGAUAGUGAGAGCAGUAGAGUUAGCAGCGAUAGCGGCCGGAGCUACGGAGGCGGCAGCAGCAGCCAAAGGGAAAAUGAAGGCAUCCUAUCUGGCUGCUGGCAAUUGUUUCAGUCCAAAAGCAGUAAAUCUGUAUAG